AUUCUUUGAAAAAAGGAAUUGAAAAAAUUUUUAAAUCUAUUAAUUACUUAAAUUUUUGACUGCAGUAUUGAUUAAAAUUAAAUUUAUUUCUAAUAAAUACGAUUUGUUGGCCCCAGAAUAAAAUUAUGCAGAGUGGCAACACAGAGAUGCACGUGUAUGGAACAGCUGAUGUUUACAUUGGACGCCGAAUGUCAUUGUUUGCUUGUUUUUAAUUUGACCGAUACAAAUCGGUAAUAAACAAUUCGAUAUCAGUACAUUAGUAUUAUUAAUCAAAUAAUGGAACAAACAAAACCAUUUUACGAUCUGUGUAUUCCUUAUCAAAAGGACGAAAAGGCGUUGCGGGAAAUUAUUAAAGAAGCCAUAAGUUUGGGCUACAAAACAAUCGCUAUAGACCAGGUGUACGAUCAUAGCAAACGUGAUACUACCAAACGUGUUCCUGAUAUAUUUCCAGCACCUGUCACACUGAAACAACUUGAAGAAGAGUUUAAAAGCGAUGUUAAAAUUUUGCGAAGAUUGACAAUUAUAUAUCUGGAUGUUGGUGUGGCACAUGCAAUGUCAAAUUCACAAAACUUAAAGAAGUUUAACCUCAUAGCCGGUCAACCGAAAACGGAUGCUGCUUUAACACACUGUUGUACCACUUUUGGCGGUGAUUUAGUUACUUUCGACACUGAAGCUGGGGUCAAGUUGCUGGUGAAUCGUAAAGCAUAUCAAAUAGGUGUGAAGAGAGGUUUAUAUUUCGAGAUCAAAUAUGGUCCAGCGAUCAGAGAUACUAAUAUUCGAAAAGAUAUGAUCAAACUUGCACAUAAUUAUUGUGUACGUGGAAAAUCCAAAAAUUUAAUUUUCAGUAGCGGCGCAACAAAUCCUUUUGAGCUACGUGGACCGUACGAUGUGGCCAAUCUGGCUUUUAUAUUUGGUUUGUCAGAGGAUCAAGGGAAGAAUGCUGUAAAUAAAGCUUGCAGACAGUUAUUUCUGCGGGCUGAGUCUCGACGCAUUGGGAAAACAAUUAUGUUCGUCAAAGCUUCCGGGCCAAUCAUAUUUACAGACACAUCGGAAAGUGAAGAGGAGCAUGGGGAUAGUUUUCGAGAAGAAAUCUCUAGUGAGGAAUCAGAAAUAGAUUCCCAAGAACAACCCAGUAAAAAGAAAAUAAAAAUCUUAUAAUAAUAAUAAAA